GGUGCAUGCCUUUGGAAGUGGGAGGAAGCCGGAGUCCCCGGAGCGAACCCACGCAGUCACGGGGAGAACAUGCAAACUCCACACAGAAAGAUCCCGAGCCGGGGAUUGAACUCUACUCAGGACCUUCGUAUGUUGACGAUGGGCGAAUGCGAUCCGGAGACGGAGGUUGGGCUUCCUGACACGUCACAUCUCUGAAGGAUCAUCAGUUGAGCCGCGAUGCUUCGCCUCAGGAAAGACACGGCCAUCCCAAUGCCUCCAUGAAGAGCCUGCCUGGUGGUGAUUGCUUGGCAUGGGUCUGAUAACUCACAGACUGCCUAACGCGACACACGAAGAGCCAAGUUCUGUGGAGGACACACUUGUUGGAGGCUUAAGGUCCUUCCUUGGAGGCGCGGAUGUUGCGAUGGAUUCGAUGAGGACUGCAAUUAAUUCUUCAUCUAAACAGAUUUAUGUGGUCGUCCCGUCGGUCAGCAUCCCAGCAAAAGGGAAAAUAUUACAGCUGAAGGUGCACUCAGGGAGGCGCGGAUGUUGCGAUGGAUUCUGAGGACUGCGAUUAAUUCUUCAUCUAAACAGAAUGAUGUGAUCGUCCCGUCGGUCCCAGCCAGAGGGAAAACAUUACAAACCGCAUCGCAGAAGACUGUGAAUUGGAUGCCAUUUAUUCCCGACUGGAUGUGAGCCGACCGAGAGCCCUUUAAAAAAGUGAAGAUGACGUUGCUAUGGAAAGUUCUGGGUCUGCAGUCGCUUGUGUGGAGCCUUGCAGCGAGCACGGUCCUGCAGAGUCCUGUCUUCAGCAAACAGCCUGGCAGCAUCGUGUACCCGGUAGAGUCUCUGGAGAAGAACAGAGAGGUGGUGUUCAGCUGUGAAGCCCAAGCAAGCCCAUCUCCGGUCUAUCGAUGGAAACUUAACGGCACAGAACUCAGUCCCCGUUCUGGAUCUCACUACAGCCUGUCUGGAGGCAACCUCAGAAUCAGUCAUCUGAGCAAAGACCAAGAUGCCGGAACAUAUCAGUGCCUUGCCGCCAAUACUUUCGGGACAAUCGUCAGCCGAGAGGCCAGUCUAACAUUUGCAUACUUGGAGAACUUCAAAACCCACAGAAGAAGUUCCGUUUCGGUCCGGGAAGGUCAAGGAGUGGUUCUGUUAUGUGGCCCUCCACCACACUCUGGAGAUCUGGAAUUUACCUGGAUUUUCAACGAGUAUCCAACUUUUGUGAAGCAGGACACUCGUCGUUUUAUCUCGCAGGAGACGGGGAACCUGUACAUCGCUAAAGUCGAACCCUCGGAUGUGGGCAACUACACCUGUGUUGUGACCCACCCCGUGACCAAGACCCGGGUCCAGGGUCCACCGACACCGCUGGUGCUGCGAACUGAUGGUGUGAUGGGCGAGUACGAGCCAAAGAUUGAAGUUCAGUUUCCCGAGGUCGUUCACGUUGCCAAAGGGUCCACGGUGAAGCUGGAGUGCUUCGCGUUGGGAAACCCUGUGCCUUCCAUUAGCUGGAGAAAAGUGGACGCCACACCUUUCCCGAGGAAGGUGGACAUGAGGAAAGCGAGCGGCGUGCUGGAAAUCCCUUACUUCCAACAGGAGGAUGCUGCAACAUACGAGUGUGUGGCCGAGAAUUCCAGGGGAAUGAACACAGUGAAAGGAAAGCUCUCGUUCUAUGCUCCUCCUCAACUCAUCGAGAAACCUCAAGAUGUCCAGAAGCUCAUUGAUGACUCGUUGGUGUGGGAAUGCAAAGCCACAGGGAAGCCGAAACCCUCCUACAGGUGGAUGAAAAAUGGAGAGAACCUGGAGCAUGCAGAGGAGCGCGUACAGGUGAGCAACGGGGCGCUGUCGAUAAGUCGCCUAACCCUGUCGGACACCGGGAUGUACCAGUGUGUGGCCGGGAAUAAGUACGGCGAGGUCUACUCCAACGCAGAGCUGAGAGUGAUAGCUGUUGCUCCGGAUUUCUCCCACAACCAACUUAAAAGCCAAACAAUGGUCAAGGUUGGAGGCGAUGUGCUCAUCGACUGCAAACCCAAAAUGUCUCCGUGGGGCGUGAUCUCAUGGAGGAAAGGCAGCGAGCCACUGGAAGACAGCAAAAGGGUUUCCAUUUUGGACAAUGGCAACCUUCGCAUAUGGAACAUAACCAAAUCAGACGACGGCCCUUACACCUGCAUGGCAAGGAACCAGUUUGGCGUGGCCACCAGUACGGGAACCGUCACAGUUAAAGAGCCGACGAUCAUCACCACAUUGCCUGUGACGCUGGACGUCACCGUGGGGGAGAGCGUGGUCCUGCCUUGUCAAGUCAGCCACGACCCCUCCCUGGAACUCAAGUUCACCUGGUUCUUCAACGAGCAGCUCAUCCACUUCGGCAGCCACGGAGGGUUUUUUGAGAAAGUGGGCGGCCAGCAUUCAGCAGGAGACAUGAUGAUUCGAAACAUCCAGCUGAGGCAUGCGGGGAAGUACACCUGCGCGGUGCAGACCAAGGUGGACAGCAUCUCUGUGGCCAUUGACUUGGUUGUCAGAGGGCCCCCCGGCUCCCCUACCAGCAUCCAAGUAGAAGAAAUCACAGAUACCACUGCGACUUUAUCCUGGAGGCCCGGCGCUGAUAAUCACAGUCCAAUUACCGCCUUCGCCAUCCAGGCCAGGACACCGUUUUCCCUGGGGUGGCAGGCUGUCUCCACAGUUCCCAAAGUGGUUGGGGGCUACCGUCUGACAGCUACAGUAAUAGAACUGAGCCCCUGGGUGGACUAUGAGUUUCGAGUCCUGGCGAGCAACACAAUUGGGACGGGCGAGCCCAGCAAGCCAUCCAAACAAGCAAAGACAAAGGCAACCCCUCCAAUGGUCACACCAGCUAACGUGAGCGGUGGCGGUGGGAGUCGUUCGGAAUUAGUCAUCACAUGGGAGCCUGUUCCAGAAGAGCUACAGAAUGGACCAGGGUUCGGCUAUGUUGUGGCUUUCCGACCCCUCGGUGCCACAGGUUGGAUGCAGGCCGCCGUACCGUCUGCCGACACAUCCAGAUACGUCUUCAAAAACGAAAGCAUCCAGCCCUUUUCACCUUUUCAUGUGAAGGUCGGAGUUUACAACAACGAGGGCGAAGGUCCCUUCGGAGCGGUGGCGACUAUCUACUCGGCAGAGGAAGAGCCCGGCCGAGCACCAACGAGGGUACGUGCCAAGAGCCUCUCAGCAUCCCAGAUUGAAAUUGCAUGGAAGGCUCUUCCCUGGAAUGCAAAUAAGAAAAGAGUGCUGGGCUAUGAGCUCAGAUACUGGGGUCGAGGUGAAAAGGAAGACGCGGCCAAUGUGCAAAGGACCGUGGGGAAUCAGACGUCGACUGUUAUUCACGGCAUGAGAGGCAGCACUUCAUAUUACAUCUCGGUGAGGGCGUACAACACCGCGGGAGCCGGACCGCCCAGCGCCACCGUCAGCAUCACCACCAAAAAGCCUCCGCCAAGCCAGCCUCCUGGUAAAGUGAUGUGGAACACGUCCAACUCCAAGAUAAUAUUGAACUGGGAGCAGGUUAAAGCCCUGGAGAAUGAGUCCGAGGUCACCGGUUACAAAGUGCUGUACAAGAAGAACCAACACGGUCGCCCCAAUGUCAUGGAGACAAACACCACCUCCGUGGAGCUCACGCUGCCCACCGAUGAGGAUUACAUCAUCCAGAUAAAACCGUUUGGCGAGGGAGGGGAAGGCAGCAGUAGUCGGCAGAUCACCAUCCCGAGGAUACCAGGUCCCAACGCGGUGGGCUCAGCGUCCAAGGUCUCCACACUGUCAGCCCUCAGUACAAUAGCACUUUCUUUCACAGCGCGGACAUCUUUAUGACAAACAGCUCCCAGUAGACCUUGUAUCAGAAGUGGAGACAGUCUUCAGCAGAUGAUAGACACACUCUGGUGUAACUACACCCACUCAUUUUGAUUUACCGUAGAGGCAAAAGGAAUACACAGACGC